CGUCAUGCGCCUCUUUCCCGCCCCAAAACAGACAAAUAGUCAGUCGGAUUUAUUCCAAUUACACGAGAUUUGGUAGCUGCCAAUAACUCGUAUAAAUCUGCCGUGAAAACAUGAAAAUUACGAAAAGUCAGGCUUGUCAGAUUCUUGGAGUUCCUGAUGGCGCUACUCUUGAUGAGAUCAGGUCUAGCUACAAGCAUCUUGCUAGAAAAUGGCAUCCAGAUAAACAAGAUGGAAGCAUCGGCAGUGAAGAAGCAACCAGGAAAUUCCAAGAAGUAUCUGCUGCAUAUAAAAAGCUUACAAGCAAUGAGAAAGAUUUUGAUGAAGACAGAAUGACUUUGUCAGAGAUGAUGGAGUUGUAUAGACAGUUCUUCUCGUAUGGAAACCAGAUGGGCCAGUGUAAUUGUCCCCACCAUCACCACCCAAUGUACAGGUUUAACGAGGAAAUGUCUGAUUAUGAUGAUUAUGAUUACACCGAUGAUGACGACAGCGAUGAAGAAUUCUGGGAAAGUAUCGCAAGUCGCCUUCGCAGUAAAUACGAAGCAAGGAAGUUUAUGCCAAAAGAUUCAACAGACACCCCUCGUUCUGGAAUCACCGAAGAGGAAGCUUUACGAAACGCACAAGAACUGAUAGAAGAGGAAGAAAUAGAAAAGCGACGAAAAGAAAAGAAAAAAGCCAAAAAGAAGAAGAAGAAGGAAAAGAAGAAGCAAAAAGAGAAGGAGAAAGACCAACCAGAUGAUAUUCAAAAGAAUGAUAUCAAUACAGAAAAAGCGAAUAUGAAUGGACCAGAUCUGAUUGCCGAGGAGAAGAAAAAGAAUGAGAAUUCCCACAUGCGUAUACCAAAUGGCUACCCGUCAACGUUGAAAAAUGAUGCAAAAAAUAAACCAUAUACAAAAAAUAAUAAAAAGCAUCAUGAAUACACAGAGCAAAUACAAAAGCCCGUGCAAAUAGUCCAAGAAGAUAUAAGACCAUCUUUAUCGAAGGAGAUGAGGGAAGAAAAGGGAAGAAUAGGAAAGGAAACAAAACCAUCAAAGAACAAGAAUGGAUCUGACGAAGAGGAGCAGUUUGAUGCAAGCAGCGCCUUCUUCGCUAGAGCUGCCAGUAAGGCUCCCCAAACCCAAACUGCACCUAUCCAACCGCCCCCAGCAAAGGACCAAAUCGAAACAAAACCUACCAAAAAAGAUACCACGAAAAAGAAUGUCAAAGAAAAGAUUAAAGAGGUUAAAAAAACUGUGAUUAAUAUGAAAGAACCGAAAGUGGAAGAACCAGUUGAAGAUCUAGCUGAAAAGGAAAAAGAUACGCCAAAAAUUAUACCAGAUGGUUAUAGUAAAGAGGGAAAUACGAAUUUAAAUGAUGUUAUAAUAAAAAGCAGAAAAUUGGCAGUUACAGGAAAUGAUUUUGCAGCAAACGGGGAGUAUUUGGAGGCGAUAAAAAUGUUUACAGAAGCAAUAUUAUUAGAUCCAACCGAUUUCAGGUUCUUUGGCAACAGGUCUUACUGUUACGAUCGUACUGGAAAGUUUGAAAAUGCACUGAAAGAUGCCGAAUCAGCAAUUGAUCUUGCAUCCCAGUGGCCAAAAGGAUUUUUUAGAAAAGGAAGAGCUCUAAUGGGGCUUGAGAGGUAUCAAGAGGCAGAGGCUGCGUUCCAGCAUGUUUUAACCUUGGAUGCCGAAUGUCCUGAUGCUCAGUUCGAGCUUGAAAAAGUCCGGGUUAGGAUUCUAACUGAUAUGGGGUUUCAACCUGCUCUGGCAAAAGACUCUGUUCGUAUCCACGGCACGGUGCAAGCUGCAUUAGAGGCACUCUUGGCAGGCAAUGUUGUACGUAGAAAUGAUGGUGAUGGAAAUGAAUCAAUCACAGAAGAAAAUUACACAAAAACCAACGGAGUUUCCCCGCCAGAAAUGAAGACAACUAUACUGGUGACGUCAGCAACGCAAUCAAAAAUAAAACAGAGAUGCACGGCAUUAUGGGUAGGCAAUGUGAAUUCUCUUUCGGUGACGGAAAAGCAGUUGAACCAGUUGUUCUCCAAAUAUGGAAAAUUGGUUAGCGUGCGAUUAUUACCGGAAAAGUACUGCGCGUUUAUUAAUUACCAGCUGCCAGAGGAUGCUGGGAAGGCAUUGGAAAAGUUACAGGGAUUUGAAUUAGGCGGACAGAACCUGCUGAUUCGGUACCCAAAUAAUCCUCCACCAGGAUCAAAUGUCGCUGUGAAUACCGUUAAAUCAAAUAAUACAACCCCAGCAGCUAAAAAGCCUGUUGAGAAAAAUACAGCGUCAAAAAUUACUGGUCCGGUGAAUGGCAACGAAUGCUAUUUCUGGAGAACAACCGGGUGUGUGUUUGAUGUACACUGCCGAUACAGACAUAUAUCUGAAAACAAGGGCGUGGACUUGUCAAAGGUACAGGCAAAAUAUGGUACCCAUCUUUAAACUCGCUGAAUAGAUUUUACAAAAGGAAUGAUAGCAGACUUUAAUAAGACAAAUUAGUACAACCGUUGGUUAUCAUCUGCGGAAUAAAUAGAGUAUUAAUGUUUCUA